AGAAAGAGGAGGAGGAGGAGAAAGAGGAGGAGGAGGAGAAAGAGGAGGAGGUGAACAACUUACCCUGCUGAGCUUUCUUUGGGGAAUACGUGCAUCAAGAUUUAGAUCUGCCUGUAAAAUCUAUACAAAGCAUAUGCCACUACAGGUUUGACUCUCCCCUCCCCCCUUUUUUUUGUUUUUGUUUUGUUUUGUUUCGUUUUAUGUUCUGUUUUCUCUGCUGUGUCAAAGAACAAGACAGAACUAUCUCUGUUUCUGGCUCCACUGUCUGCCAGUGAAAGAGUUUUCAUUCAGACUUUCGGAAGAGAGGUGGAGAAACCUAAAGACUGAGGAGAAGAGAUCCUUUGAGCCAGAUGGGGCAUUAGUUCUUCUGCUUUUCUCAGCAUGGAUAAGCCCUUUCCUCAAGGAUUUUCUCAUGUGCCCUGAGAUCCAUGUAACUGCAAGGGCUCCUCUUUAUCACCAUAAGUGCCACCCUGGCUUAAAACCACUCAGAGCUUAAAAAUCAAGGCAAAAUGGAUGCUGCGGUGACAGAUGAUUUUCAACAAAUUCUGCCUAUUGAACAGCUGCGCUCUACUCAUGCUAGCAAUGACUAUGUGGAACGGCCUCCAGCCCCCUGUAAACAGGCCCUCUCAAGCCCUUCCCUUAUUGUGCAAACCCACAAGUCUGAUUGGUCUCUGGCUACCAUGCCUACUUCUCUCCCCCGCAGUCUCAGCCAGUGCCAUCAACUGCAGCCCUUGCCUCAGCAUCUGAGCCAAUCUAGCAUUGCCAGCUCAAUGUCUCAUAGCACUACUGCCUCUGAUCAAAGGCUCUUGGCCAGCAUUACACCCUCACCUUCAGGCCAAUCCAUCAUCCGAACCCAGCCUGGAGCAGGGGUCCACCCAAAGGCUGAUGGUGCUCUGAAGGGAGAAGCUGAGCAAUCUGCAGGGCACCCUAGUGAGCACCUCUUCAUCUGUGAGGAGUGUGGGCGCUGCAAGUGUGUCCCCUGCACAGCAGCUCGCCCUCUCCCCUCCUGCUGGCUGUGCAACCAGCGUUGCCUUUGCUCUGCUGAGAGCCUCCUCGAUUAUGGCACUUGUGUCUGCUGUGUCAAGGGCCUCUUCUACCACUGCUCCACUGAUGAUGAAGACAACUGUGCUGAUGAGCCCUGCUCUUGUGGGCCUAGUUCUUGCUUUGUCCGCUGGGCAGCCAUGAGCCUCAUCUCCCUCUUCCUACCCUGCCUGUGCUGCUACCUGCCUACCCGUGGAUGCCUCCAUCUGUGCCAACGGGGCUACGAUAGCCUCCGGCGACCAGGCUGCCGCUGCAAGAGGCACACCAACACUGUGUGCAGAAAGAUCUCUUCUGGUAGUGCACCCUUUCCCAAGGCCCAGGAAAAGUCUGUAUGACCUUCCAACAAGGUGGAUCAGAGCUUUUCUCCUUCUAGCCCCCAUCAGUAAUGCAUAGGCCUCAUCUUUGGAGAGGGGAAGGAGUGAUAAACUAGCCAAAGUUAGGGCCUCUCCUCUUUUGUUCCUGCAGUGUCAGGGGAAUGACCAAGUACAUCCUGGUGCAGGAUGCCUUGUUCUUUCUCACAGUAUCUAUCCCACUCCUCUUCAGUCUUUACACCCUGCCAGCUCAGCCCUUAUGGCUGUCAUGGCAAAUUCAGGUGAUAUAUGGGUAUGAGGUUUGAACACUGAGGACUGACAGGGCCAGCAACGUGGAGGUUUAGGGGCUCCCCAGUGUAAUACCUCUCGAUGCAGGCUCUGAUCGUCACUCUGUUUUCUGCUGUGCCUUUGGAAGCUUUCUGCUAAGAUGGUUUUCACAGGUACAUGUGGAACAGCGUUCAACCUUCCAGGGAAUAUGACCCCUUCUCCCUGUUACUGCCCUUCUUUAUUCCUCUCUCCUCUUUCAUUAUUCUGUUUUGUAUUCUUUUCACCUUCAUUCUCGCCCUCUCUACUUUUACUUUUUCUCUUUCUUCCUCCCUUUCUCCUUCUCCCCUCCUUCUUUUUCAGACUAAUCCUUUCUCUGCCUGAUCUAUAUUUGUCUCUCUCUACCUUCCCUCUUUCUCUAACAUGUCCAAAAGUGCUGUUUUUCCAUAGAUGUUUCCUUAGACACCAAACUUUGCUAUGCUAUAGUAUUUACUAAUUUUUAUUAAGGGAAAUGGAUUACUGUAAUGAACUGAUCACUAGCAAUAGUCUGUAUCCCGAUGUGUGUAUGUGCUCACAAUCACUCUCACCUGUUUGUGAGCACAUGCGGCAAAGUUAUCUUAUAUUUCCAGGUUUAACUAGUUGGAGUUUUUCUCCCUUUCUCAAUAAUCAACUUAUAGUACUGACAGAUUCCACUAGCAUGCUGAGUAGGACAGUAAAUCAGGAUGCUCAUAACUUUGUAUGUCUGACCCAAGUGCCAAAGGCAGACGUGCUUUAUAGCUAAAUGAACAAAGCAAAGGAUACAGAGGUAUGUUCUCUCUUAGAAGCUAACUUCCCUGAGACUGCAUGGCUCAGGCGUUAAUAAUGGACAUAAAAAGUCAGAAAACGUUAGAGCUGGAAGGAAUCUUAACUAUUAAUCUAGUUCAAUGCCCUUAUUUUACAGAUGGGAAAACUGAGGCCUGGAGAUAGGAAGGGACUUGCCCAAGGCCACACACUGAGUUAACAGCAGAAUUGGGACUGGAAUAUAGGCCUUCUGACUCCUAGUUCGGUAUUCUUACCCCUGUACCACAUUGAGUCAUGGGACUUUUUCCUAGGGCUCUAUUAACAGUGACAGAAAGCCAUUCCCAUUCAAUUACUUUUCAGGAACCAUGCUAAGUUAAUGUGGUGGUCUUUCUCCAGUGCAUGGUGGGUAGCUAAUUAACUAUCAGACGUUGAGGCUGCCCCCAGUGGACAUCACCUUUGGCUCUGUCACCUUGUAGAAGCUCAAGUGUGGAAAAGAAAAGCUUAAAGAAGCCCUAACCAAGCUGUAUCUUCGCCAUUGCAUCUACUCUUUGCUGCACACACUGUGCUUGCUCCUGGCUUGUCUGCAAUGGCAGCUGCCUGAGAACUUAAAUUUCAGCAACAGUGAAAAACUGAGAUGAAAGAUGUAUAAUUCAGAGAACUGACUUCUCUCUUAAAAAAUACAGAGAGCCUGUGCUGUGAACCCCCUUCAAUGGGAAAAAGCUGCAGUGGUGAUGGCAGGCUCCUAAAGACUGCUGCUUAAAGACACAAGAAUUAUACAGUUUCCCUCUAUAAGUGAAUCCAGAAUUCACUGAGGAAUUCAGAGAUUGAGGGCACUUGCUUGAAAUCAAGGUGCUCCAACUUAGUUUAAGACCUCCAGACUCUAACUUUAUAGAUCAGCUCUUUUAGAGUGUGCAUGGAUGUGUGUUGCAGGGUGGAGAAGUGGGGAGAAGUGUAUAGUCGUACACAGGGGAAGAGGGGACAUCCAUGUCCCUUUGUUGGAUACAUAUUACAGAAAUAUGUGCCACUCA